AUGAAUUAUCUUUUAGUUUUGGGCCUAUGUGGCCUCUUCGCCACCGAAACUCUUGCUGGCGUAUUGCCAGACUGCAGAAAUGGAGCAUUGAAGUUGAACAAAGUAUGUGACCAAACUGCAUCGCCUCGGGAUAGGGCGACGGCUUUAGUGUCCGCCAUGUCAUCCAGCGAGAAACUCGCGAACCUUGUUAGCAAAUCUCCCGGAGUUUCUCGCCUAGGUCUUCCGGCAUACAAUUGGUGGAGCGAGGCUCUCCACGGCGUGGCGGGAGCUCCUGGUGUUUCAUUUGGCGGAGACUUCAACAAGGCGACGUCCUUUCCUAUGCCCAUUCUCAUGGCUGCGGCUUUUGACGAUGACCUUAUCGAAAAGGUUGGUGUUGUUAUCGGGACGGAGGCCCGCGCUUUUGGUAAUAAUAACCAUGCUGGUAUCGACUACUGGACUCCCGAUAUCAACCCAUACCGUGAUCCACGCUGGGGGCGAGGCUCAGAGACUCCGGGCGAGGAUGUCACUCGCAUCAAGAAGUAUACUGCCAGUUUUCUUCGUGGACUGGAGGGCAACAGGACACAAAGGCGAAUCAUCGCCACUUGCAAGCACUACGUCGGAUACGAUUUGGAGGCAUGGGGUGGUGUUACUCGCCACAAUUUUGAUGCGAAAAUUACACCGCAAGACCUAGCCGAGUAUUAUAUGCAGCCGUUCCAGCAAUGCGCUAGAGAUUCCAAGGUCGGCUCCAUCAUGUGUUCAUAUAAUAGCAUUAACGGAGUCCCCGCGUGUGCGAACUCCUACAUCAUGCAGACUAUUCUUCGCGAGCACUGGAACUGGACUGAAAGCAACAAUUAUAUCACCAGCGACUGCGAGGCUGUAGUCGAUGUCUCUGCAAACCACCACUACACUUCAUCGAACGCACAAGGCACGGCUAUGUGCUUCAAUGCUGGCAUGGAUAGUAGUUGUGAAUACUCCGGUUCGUCGGACAUCCCCGGAGCUUGGAACAGCGGUGCUCUGAACCAGUCCACAGUCGACAAGGCUCUGGUCCGGCUGUACGAAGGGCUAAUAAGAGCUGGAUACUUCGACGUAGCAAAGGCCGAGUACGCUUCUCUCAGCGCCUCGGACAUUAAUACCCCUACGGCGCAAGGCUUGGCACUUCAGACUGCAACUGAUGGUAUUGUCAUGCUUAAAAAUGACCAAACGCUACCUCUUAAGUUUUCAUCUAGUUCCAAGGCCGCGUUGAUUGGCUUUUGGGCGAACGAUUCCAGCAAGCUGCAAGGUGGCUACAGUGGCAAUGCUGCAUACCUUCGUACUCCGGCUGACGCUGCUCGCAAGUUGGGUUAUACCGUCAACAUUUCGACUGGUCCCAUCUUGCAAAAUAGCGGAGAUAACUGGACGGCUAAUGCAGUGUCUGCAGCCCAGAAGUCCGAUGUCAUUCUGUACUUUGGAGGUUUGGAUACGUCAGCCGCUGCCGAAGGAUCUGACCGGACGUCAAUUGCCUGGCCGGGGGCACAGAUUGCGCUCCUCCAGAAGCUUGCAGCUCUCGGAAAGCCGUUGGUCGUCAUUCAGAUGGGCGAUCUACUUGAUAACACGCCUCUUUUGACUAUGCCAGGCUUGAACUCUAUCCUUUGGGCCAGCUGGCCCGGCCAAGACGGUGGUACAGCUGUCAUUAACAUCGUAACGGGGUCAAAGGCGCCAGCCGGACGUCUGCCAUUGACGCAAUACCCGGCAAACUAUACUUCCUUGGCGAUGACGGACAUGAGUCUUCGCCCGAGUGAAUCAAACCCUGGUCGAACUUACCGCUGGUACCCAACACCGGUGCAGGCUUUCGGUACAGGUCUGCAUUAUACCAGCUUCAAUGCCACCUUCGGUUCCUUCAGCACUACGUUUUCGAUCCAGGACCUUCUCGCUGGCUGUAGCGACGCACACCCUGACACCUGCUCUUUGCCCACGCUACCCGUUCAAGUCCACAACACGGGUAACAUGACAUCCGACUUCGUCGCAUUGAUUUUCGUCGCUGGGGAGGUUGGCCCCAAGCCUUACCCUAUCAAGACUCUGGUUACAUAUGGCCGUCUGCGUAACAUUUCAGCUGGUACUACUGCACAAGCAAAGCUCCCCUGGACGAUUGGUAACCUGGCCAGACACGAUGCUGAUGGAAAUGCCGUAAUCUACCCUGGUGAUUACCAGUUGUUGCUUGACCAGCCAACGCGGACAACUUUGAAACUGAGCUUGACGGGUACUGAGAUCGUCUUGGACAAGUGGCCGGCGGCUCCAAAGUAA